AUAAGUCGGGGUAUUGUGCCGCCUGCAUGUGUUGUGAACUUCGGAUGCGAGAUCAUAGGGAUGGGUACACAAGGUACUGUCAGAGAAGAUCAAGUAGUCAUGGAAGCCGAUCCUCUCUUUGAGAGGCGGCAAGCCAAGGGAAGGGCAGCCUAUAGGGUGUUCGCAUCCACAGUAUUCGUGGGUAUAUGCUUGAUAUGGAUUUACAGGGUCUCAUACAUCCCAAGAGUUGGAGAAAGAGGAAGAUGGGUUUGGUUUGGCAUGUUCAUGGCUGAGCUCUGCUUCGGUUUCUUCUGGGUUUUCACUCAGUCUCUUCGAUGGAACUUUACUCGUUCUUACCCCUUCAAGCACAGGCUCUCCCAAAGGCAUGAAGAGAAGUUACCAGGAGUUGACAUUUUCGUUUGCACGGCUGAUCCUGUAAUAGAACCGCCAACUCUGGUGAUAAAUACAAUUUUGUCAGUAAUGUCAUGCAAUUAUCCGACUGAAAAACUAGCUGUUUAUCUCUCUGAUGAUGGCGGCUCAGACUUGACUUUCUAUGCUCUCCUGGAGGCCUCUCACUUUGCUAAGUAUUGGAUACCGUUUUGCAAAACAAACAACAUCGAGCCAAGGUCCCCUGAGACCUACUUUGCACACAAUAGUAAUGAGCAACAGUUCACGAAUUAUCAAGAAUGGUCAGAUGUUAAGAAUCUAUAUGAAGAAAUGAAGGAACGGAUCGAAUCAACCAUGGAAAGAGGUAGCAUUUCGAAAGAAAUAAGGGAUAAACAUAAAGGAUUCUCAGAAUGGAACCAGAAUGUAACAAAGAACGAUCAUCAGCCUAUUGUGCAGAUUGUUAUUGAUGGAAGGGAUGAAACUGCUGUAGACAACAAUGGGUAUCGAUUGCCAACACUUGUGUACAUGGCAAGAGAGAAAAGACCCCAAUAUUCUCAUCACUUCAAAGCUGGAGCCAUGAAUGCUUUAAUAAGAGUUUCAUCAGAGAUUAGCAAUGGACCCAUCAUUCUCAACCUAGAUUGUGACAUGUACGUGAAUGAUUCGGACGCAAUUAGAGACGCACUCUGUUUCUUCAUGGAUGAGAAGAAAGGCCAUGAAAUUGCUUAUGUGCAACAUCCUCAAACCUUUAACAACAUCACCAAGAAUGACCUCUAUGCUAAUUCAUACAGUGUUGCUAAUAAGGUUGAGCUUGCUGGCAUGGGGGGAUAUGGUUCAGCAUUGUACUGUGGCACUGGAUGCUUCCAUAGAACAGAGAGCCUCUGUGGAAAUAGUUACUCUGAGGACAAUAAAUUGAGAUUGGACACUAAUUAUACUAAAAAGAAUGAUAAAAAGACUGUUAAUGAACUUGAAGAAGCUGCAAAAAUUGUUUCUAGUUGCAGCUAUGAGAAGGACACUCUAUGGGGCAAAGAGAUAGGAUUGGUAUAUGGAUGUGCAGUUGAAGACAUUGUUACUGGCUUGACAAUACAAUGCAGGGGAUGGAAGUCGGUUUAUUAUUGUCCAAAUAAAGAAGCCUUCUUGGGUGUAGCUCCUAAUACCUUAGAAGUGGCCUUGAUUCAACACAAGAGGUGGUGUGAAGGACUGUUUCAGAUUUUCUUAACCAAAUAUUGCCCUUUCAUAUAUGGGCAUGCCAAGAUAAAACUUGGUGCCCAAUUGGGAUAUUGUGCUUAUCUCACAUGGGCUCCUAUUUCCUUGCCUACACUAUACUAUGUGAUUGUACCUCCUCUUUGCCUGCUUCAUGGCAUUCCCUUAUUCCCUCAGGUUUCAAGCAAAUGGUUCCUACCAUAUGCAUAUGUUUUCAUAUCCAAGACUGUAUACAGCAUGGUGGAGACUUCAGCUUGUGGUAGCACCAUUAAAGGCUGGUGGAACUUGCAAAGGAUGUGGGUGUUUCGAAGAACAACAUCGUAUUUUUUUGCAUUCAUCGAUACCAUUAUCAAACAAGUAGGCUUGUCGCAGACAACUUUCGCCAUUACCCCGAAGAUGGUGACAGACGAUGUGUUGAAGAGGUACAAGCAAGAGGUCAUAGAAUUCGGAAGCUCAAACACAAUGUUCACCAUUAUAGCAACACUAGCAGUGCUAAACCUUUUCAGUUUUGUUGGGGCAAUGGCGAAGAGGGUUACUGAUUUAGAGAUGGAUUUCAAGACUCUAGAAAUGUUGAUGCCUCAAGUUAUUCUCUGCGGAUUCGUGAUUAUGGUUAACUUGCCGGUGUACCGAGCUCUCUUCUUCCGCAAUGACAAGGGGUGCAUGCCACAUGGUGUUAUGUUCAAGUCCCUAGUUUUAGCUUCAUUGGCAUGUCUGGUCCCCAUAUAAAUUAGAAAAAACAUUUUGAUUUGA